AUGGGAAACAUAACAAGCGAACAAAAAAAAAAGCCGCUCAUGUUACAUGAGUUAAGUACAAAAAUAGGGGACUACCGAACUAUAUAUGAGGGAGAUCCUGAAAUGUUGGAAGACCCGGAUUUUCCUCAUAAAAUGAUGACUGAAGCAUUAAAUAAUAACAACACAAUUGAUGGGACAUCUGUGCAUGGAACUUUUGUUUAUUAUCCUAACAAAAGAAAAGCUAAAAUGUGGAUAGGGAAUUAUAAAAUAUUAAAUCCUGAAGAUAUAUUAUGUGCUAACGUUGCAGAAAAAAUUGGGAUAACAGAAAUGGAAUGGAAAAAAUAUAUAAAAAGGAAAAAGAAAAAUGAGAAUGAUGAAGUAAUGAAAAAAAAUGGAAAUAUAGGAUAUAAUGAAAAUCCCUUUGAAGAACCAUCAGUAUCACUAAAUGACAUAAUAGAAAAAGAUAAUAAUAAUUAUAACAUGGAUACUAAUAAUAAUAUAACAAAUAAUCUUAAUAGAUAUAUGAAAACAUUUAAGCAAAAUAAAAACCAUCCAUAUAAUAUAUCUAAUAAGAAUAAUUCAAAUAUAUAUGCGUCUACUCACGAAUCAAAUACUAAAGAUGAUAUUCUUGUUAAUCAAUUACAAAAUAAUAUAUUAAGCAACGAAAAAGAUAAAGAAGAAAAAAAGAAAAAAUCUGAAUCAAGAGAUAGCUAUAUUGAUAAAUUAAAUGAUGAAAUUACAAAUAUCAGAGAAGACCAAGAAAAAAUAAUUAAACAAGAGUGUAAAAAUAUUUAUAAAUAUACAAAGUCCAAUUAUCCUCAAAUGAUUAUUCCUCAAAAAGAUGGAUCCUUCUUAAUAGAAAAUGUAGACCCAAUAAAAUACAAUAACAAAAAAAAAUUGAUCAUCCAAGAAUUAUUAAAUGAACAUGAAAAUAGAUUUCAAUCACAAGUAUCUAACUUAAAGAAAAAAAUAAAUAAAAAAGGAUAUACCAACUUGUCAUCUAUGAGUACAAAAGACAGUUUAGGGUUACCUCAUUUAAAAAAUAAAGACACAAAUAUAUCAAAAAGAAAUAUAUAUUUAAAUAGAACCCUAGUAAAAUAA